AUGAAGUUCUUCAUUGAUGAUCUUCCGGUGCUGUUCCCGUACCCUCGGGUCUACCCCGAGCAGUAUGCAUACAUGUGCGAUCUCAAGAAGACCCUCGAUGCCGGGGGUCACUGUGUUCUGGAGAUGCCGUCUGGUACAGGCAAGACAAUUUCUCUCCUGUCGCUGAUCGUGGCGUACCAGCAGCAUUAUCCGGAACACAGGAAGCUGAUUUACUGCUCACGAACCAUGUCCGAGAUCGAGAAGGCGUUGGCAGAGCUGAAGGGGUUGAUGAAAUACCGGUCACAGGAACUCGGUUUCGAAGAAGAUUUCCGUGCUCUUGGGCUCACCAGUCGGAAAAACUUGUGUCUCCAUCCUUCGGUGAAACGGGAGAAAAGUGGUACCGUUGUCGAUGCAAGGUGCCGAAGCUUGACCGCGGGAUUUGUCAAAGAAAAAAAGGAACGUGGCGAGGAAGUCGAUCUAUGCAUAUAUCACGAGAAUCUCGACCUCCUCGAGCCGCAUAAUCUCGUCCCGCCCGGUGUCUUCACUCUCGAUGGUCUGACUCGCUAUGGAGAAGAGCACAAACAAUGUCCCUACUUCUCUGCUCGGCGCAUGAUGCCUUGGUGUAAUAUCAUCAUCUACUCCUACCACUACCUCCUCGAUCCGAAGAUUGCCGAACGCGUUUCUCGAGAACUAUCGAAGGAUUGCAUCGUCGUUUUUGACGAGGCGCACAAUAUCGACAAUGUCUGCAUUGAGUCCCUCAGUAUCGAUCUGAGCGAGGAUUCACUUCGCAAAGCCACGAGAGGCGCUACGAAUUUGGAGCGUAAGAUUGAAGAAAUGAAGAGCACGGAUGCCGAAAAGCUUCAAAAUGAAUACUCAAAACUUGUGGAGGGUUUGCAACAGGCAGAACAGGCCCGGGAGGAGGAUCAGUUCAUCUCAAAUCCCGUAUUGCCAGAUGACUUGUUGAAGGAGGCAGUUCCUGGCAACAUUCGUCGUGCUGAGCACUUCGUUUCUUUCCUGAAGAGAUUCAUCGAAUACCUGAAGACUCGGAUGAAAGUCACACACACCAUCUCGGAAACCCCACCUUCUUUCCUAACUCAUUUGAAAGAUCUCACAUACAUUGAGCGAAAGCCAUUGAGAUUCUGCGCAGAACGUCUAACAUCACUCGUGCGGACUCUAGAGCUUGUCAAUAUUGAAGACUAUCAACCUCUGCAGGAAGUAGCCACGUUUGCUACUCUGGUCGCAACCUAUGAUAAGGGAUUCGUUCUUAUUCUCGAGCCGUUCGAGUCCGAAGCAGCCACGGUACCCAACCCGAUUCUGCAUUUCACCUGUUUGGAUGCUGCCAUCGCAAUCAAGCCCGUCUUCGAUCGUUUCAGCUCCGUCAUUAUCACUUCCGGUACCCUUUCGCCGUUGGAGAUGUACCCCAAAAUGCUCGGCUUCACCACGGUCAUGCAAGAGUCAUACAGUAUGACCCUGGCUCGCCGUUCCUUCUUGCCCAUGAUCGUCACCCGUGGCUCAGAUCAGGCACAAGUUUCAUCAUCCUUUGGUAUUCGCAAUGAUCCAGGUGUGGUUCGAAAUUACGGUACGCUUGUCACCGAGUUUGCUCGUAUCACGCCGGAUGGCGUGGUCGUCUUCUUCCCUUCAUACCUCUAUAUGGAGUCGAUCAUCAGCAUGUGGCAAGGUAUGGGAAUUUUGGAUCAAAUCUGGAACUACAAAUUGAUCCUCGUCGAAACUCCUGACGCGCAAGAGUCAUCGUUAGCUCUGGAGACAUAUCGGACUGCUUGCUGCAAUGGACGCGGUGCAAUCUUGUUUUGUGUCGCUCGAGGCAAGGUAUCUGAGGGUAUCGAUUUUGAUCACCAUUACGGCCGCGCUGUGCUGUGCAUUGGUGUGCCUUUCCAGUACACGGAGUCCCGUAUCCUGAAGGCCCGACUUGAAUUCUUGCGAGAGAAUUAUCGGAUUCGAGAGAACGACUUUCUUUCCUUCGAUGCGAUGCGACAUGCCGCGCAGUGCUUGGGCCGUGUACUCCGUGGUAAAGACGAUUACGGAGUCAUGGUUCUGGCAGACCGUCGUUUCGAAAGAAAGCGGCCGCAACUUCCGAAGUGGAUCAACCAGGCAAUGCUAGACAGCGAAACAAAUCUCAGCACUGAUAUGGCCGUCGCGAAUGCUAAGAACUUCCUGCGAACGAUGGCACAGCCAUUCAAAUCCAGAGAUCAAGAAGGAAUUUCUACCUGGAGUCUGGCUGAUAUCGAGCGUCACGAGGCGAAACGCAAGGCUGAGCAGGCACGUUUGAUGAACGAGGAGGCCCCUCCUGUGCACCAGAUGAACGGUGCCACAUCCAUGAUGCAGAUUGUCGAGGAUGAAUAUGACGACGACAUCGAUGAAGACCUUAUGAUGCUUGAUGCCCAAUAG